UUUUGAGUAUACAUCAUUUCACAAAAUCCCUUCCAGAAUCUGUUAUUUAAUCAUUUCCCUUCUUAGCAGCAGCAAACCCAGAAACCAUAUUCCAAUUUGAUUGAGGCUUACCCCCCUUUUUUUAACUGUGAGAGCAAGAGCAUCUGCUAGUAAGUUCUGUUACUUUUGCUUUGCUGCUAAUCUCUCUCCCUCUAUCUCUCUCUCUAUCUCUAUAUAUAAUGCUGCUUUUAUUAUUAUUGAAUUGAGUAGGAAGACAGUCUAAACUACCAACAACUUUAGUUUUUAAUUCUUAUUAAAUUUUGAAGGCUCAUAUAUAUAUAUAUAUAUAUACACAUAUGACAUGUUUUUAAGCAGCCAAAAGCUCUCUGAUAGUAACAACUAAACCAUACAUUUCAAGUUCAAGUUCAAUCUGAAUUGUGCAAAGAUGAUGUUGCCAAGCUAUGACCCCAAUGACAAUGAAGCUGGCUUGAAGCAUUUGGAGGACCUCACAACAAAUGCAUGUCAAAUACAACAGCAGGUGUUAGAGGAGAUACUGACCAAAAAUUCUCGCACAGAAUAUCUUAAGCCCUUCCUCAAUGGCCUUUCUGACAAGGAUAACUUCAAGAACAAAGUACCUGUAGUCAAUUAUGAAGAUUUCAGGCCUUACAUCCAGCGAAUUGCCAAUGGAGAGCCUGCCACUAUCAUUUCAGCUCAGCCCAUCACUGAGCUCCUCACAAGCUCGGGGACUUCAGGAGGACAACCGAAAAUGAUGCCCUCAACUGCUGAAGAUUUGGACAGGAAGACGUUCUUCUACAACCUCCUUGUGCCUGUAAUGAACAAAUAUAUAGAUGGGUUGGACCAGGGAAAAGGAAUGUACCUUCUGUUUAUCAAACCUGAAAUUAGCACUCCUUCUGGCUUGAUGGCUAGACCAGUCCUAACAAGCUAUUACAAGAGCAGCAACUUCAGAAACCGGCCUUUCAACAGGUAUAAUGUUUAUACAAGUCCUGAUGAGACAAUCUUGUGUCCUGAUAGCAAGCAGAGUAUGUACUGCCAAUUGCUAUGCGGUUUAGUACAGCGCGAUGAGGUUUUAAGGGUUGGUGCAAUUUUCGCAUCUGCUUUCCUGCGCGCCAUCAAAUUCCUGGAGGACUACUGGAAAGAAUUAUGCUCUAAUAUAAGAACAGGUUGCAUCAGUGAUUGGAUUGAUGAGCACAGAUGCAGAAACGUUGUGUCAUCAAUCUUGAAGGAAGGCAACUCAGAAUUGGCUGAUUUGAUUGAGAUUGAAUGUAGUAGUAUAUCAUGGGAAGGGAUAAUUAAAAAGCUUUGGCCUAGAACAAAGUACAUUGAAGUCAUUGUUACAGGUUCUAUGGCCCAAUAUAUCCCAACCCUUGAAUUCUACAGCGGUGGGCUCCCUUUAGUUUCAACAAUGUAUGCUUCUUCUGAAUGUUACUUCGGAAUUAACUUCAAGCCACUAUGCUCACCUUAUGAUGUCUCUUACACCCUUCUCCCUAAUAUGGCCUAUUUCGAAUUCUUACCUGUUGAGAGAGACUGUGGGGAAGUUCAAGAACAAGAUUUCCACGGCAAUGGAGUUUCCGAUCAGAAGAAUUCCAUAGACAAGAAAAUGGAGACUGUUGAUCUUGUGGAUGUGAAACUUGGUCACUACUACGAACUUGUUGUCACAACUUUUACAGGGCUCUACAGAUACAGAGUAGGAGACAUUCUAAUGGUGACGGGUUUCUAUAACAAUGCCCCUCAGUUCCGGUUUGUUCACCGGAGAAACGUGGUGCUAAGCAUUGAUACAGAUAAAACCAAUGAAGAAGACCUCUUAAAGGCAGUAACAAAAGCAAAGCUUCUUCUGGCCCCGCUUGGUUUCCUUCUGACUGAGUACACUAGCUUUGCUGACACUUGCUCAAUCCCAGGUCACUACGUGCUAUUCUGGGAACUUAAAACAAGAGGAAAUAAUGACCCAGCAGAGCUUGAUCGAAUAACAAUGGAGCAAUGCUGCUCGACAGUGGAAGAAUCUCUGGAUUCUGUUUACAGGAGGUGCAGGAACAAGGACAAUUCAAUUGGACCGUUGGAGAUAAGGGUAGUAAAACAUGGAACAUUUGAUGCCCUCAUGGAUUUCUGUCUCUCCCAAGGAUCCUCAGUUAACCAAUACAAGACUCCAAGGUGCAUCAAAUCUGAGGCAGCCUUAAAGAUUUUGGAUUCAAGAGUUGUUGCAAAAUUUUUCAGCAACAAAACUCCUUCCUGGGAGCCGUUUAGAAUGGAAACUCACUAAAUCCAUCGCUUUGAAGCAAAAUCUUCCUAUCUGCAUUAUUUUAUUAACAAUGGAUUUAAAUUUGUAGUCUAGUCUAGUCAUUUCUUUUAUCCUCUUAAUCUUUACUGAACUAUUAGUCUCUAGUCUCUACUUGUGAAUCUGAUGAGAAAUAGUUUUCAAUGUUAUAAAAUUCCAAUAAUGCUUGGAUUAGUGUUUGUAAAUCAAAUAAAAACAUGCCGACACCCACGA